CCUUCUGUUAAGUUAUGAUUCAGAUGAUGGAAACUUUACCUGCCACCACCCAAACCCCACCAAUCUCAACCUUCCUUUCUCAACCCAAAACCCACCAUGCUUACGGUUGCAGGAUCCACCACAAGUUGCGGUGGCAGAAGUGCCGUGGGUUAGCCAUCAAGUGUGGUGGUGGAGAUUGGCCGACGAGACCAGAGAGCCAUCGGAAAGAUGAGAUGAAUGGAGAAGAGUCACGGGAUGAAGAGGAAAGCAAAGAAGAUAUAAAUGAAAAGGUGGAGCUAAUGGAGAUGGAAGCAAUCAUGGGGAAAGAUGAUGGAAGAGAACCAAUGGAUUAUAAAAGAAGAGCAGGAAUUUUUUACAAGAGCUCAGAAAUGUUUCAGGCAAACAAGGACAACCAUCCCCAUCCUCACCAUUGUACCUAAACCCAACUUUUAUAUGUAGUAGUAUGACACCACCCUAUACAUACACUUGCUGUGUACAAAAUCUGCACAUCAUAUUGUGUGUCAAAUGGUAUUUCAUAAUUCUGUUUUAGAAACUUGUAUAUCAAUAAAAAUAUUAUAUAUAU